AUGUCAUUCUUUACUGAACUUUGGGAAAGUGUGUUUACACCAGGAACUUCCCCUGCUUUGAUAACAGCCACUCAUGCUAGUUUCAUCGCUUUGAUAAUAUCUUUAAGUUGUUUAGUAUAUGUCACUGGAUCAAUUCAUUUCAUAAAUUUAUUGGUAUUAUCAGUAUUAUUAUACGGAACAGUCAUUUGGUUCAUCAAUGAAUUAAAACAAAUCAAAUUGAAAGAAAAUGAACAAUUAGAGAAAGAAGAGGCUGAAGGGGAAACUAAAAAAGAUGAAACCUCAAAGGAAGAAGUAAGACCUUCAUCAAAAACUACUGCUACUGCUAAAGUUGCAACUCCUAAGAAGAGAAAAGUAUAA